AUGGUGAUAAAUCCUAAAUCUUUGAAUGCGAUUACAUUGAGAAGUGGUCAGGAAAUUGGUACUAAGAAAAUGCAAUUCAAAGAAGAUGAAGAUGAUGAAGAACCGAUUGAUGAAGAGAUAGAAGUUGAGUCUCCUCCUUCUAAAACCGCCCAAUACAUUCCCAAGGCUACUCAAGAGACCUCCAUUCAAUCUAAAGGGCCAAUAGAAAAAGGAUCACCUUCUAAGAGCGAUGAGAUGCCUAAGUGUGCUAAGUUUCUGAAAGACCUAUAUACAAACAAGAGGAAAUAUAGGCAUAGUGAGAGAAUCCAACUAGGGUCUAGUGUUAGUGCUAUCUUCAAGCCACAGCUACCUAUUAAGUGUAAAGACUGGGGUUCCUACACUAUUCCCUGUAUUCAUGCCUUAAAAGAUGCCAGUGUUAUGCUAGGUCUAGCUGAUAGGACUGUGAGACAUCCUAAGGGCUUUCUUGAGGAUGUUCUUGUGAAGACCUUUUUUGGAAUAGCCCAAACCAUAAUUAAUGUAAAAGAUGGGGUCAUUACCAUGGGCUUUAGGGACCAACAGAUUACCUUCAACAUUUAUAAUGCUAUGAGUCAAGGUACUGAUGAUAAAGGAGCUACUAUGCAAGCUACAUUGGUAGCUUCUCCUUUGAGUGGUGCCGGAACAUUAGAAGAGGCUAGUUAUCCAAGAAUGGCACUGAGUUGGAAAGUGGAGGACAUACACAUCAUGAUAAGCUUAUAUCUCCUUUCCUAA